AUCGAAUCGGUCAAUUGAACGCGCGGGUCUCUUGCUUCGACAGCAAGUCAUUUUGAAAAAGCCCAUCCACAGGCACGCACGAACAAAGGCCGCAUGCACCAAACAAGACAUGUGUCAGUAUGUAGCAUAAACGUCUCUAUGUAUGUAUCAUGUAUAUGGUGUGUAUGUAUGAUAAAGCUGCUCGAUCGCACAUGCAAAAAGAAGGACAAGCGCCGCACAGCAAUGCCGGCCGAUGGAAAGACUCACUCGCGGUCACUCAGACACACACGUGAAGACACAAACGGAUAUGAGAAACUGCCGUGGGCACCACAGCGAAACAGAGAUAGAAUGGCAUGGCAUGGGAUGAGAUGGCAUAUAUGGCGUGUGUGCACACGGUCCUUGAAUUUGAAAGCCACACCAGACAGGCAGCAGACAGCAAACAGACACGCAGGCAAGGGGUGUGGAGCGGGGCACUGUCGGGACAAUCACAAUGCACCCGCCGCACAAAGAAAAAUCUGAUCAGCACGAGUAGUACGCCAUUAGCAGUAGCACCGCACCUAUCCCAUCGUCCCAUCCCGCAGCACCCACCCAGCCACAAGGGCACCAACAAUCACAAACAAAGACCGGCCAACCAUGGAGAGGAAGAGAGGAGCACGUACCUACCAACAAUCCAGCUCUACAGCUACGAAAAAAAGAUGAGAACGCAUGCUUUUCUUUCCCUCCCGCCCCUUCCCUCCCCAUCUAAUGUGUGUCGUGGGCGGCGCUGAUGCUGCUGCUGCCGUCGUCCCACCGCACCUUCAUCAGCCCUCCCUUGGUGUGCGUCUCCUGCUGUGUGUCGACGUUCACGUCAGCCAGCACCCCGUCGUCGAUGCCCUUGAGGGCGCCAUCCACCCGCUCGAGAGAGACCAUCAAGGACUGGAUCGACACGCGCAUCCCCGACCGCUGCUGCCGCUCCUUCAGGAGGCAGGCGUCGAGGGCCUUCAUGUCGUUGGCCAGGCGGUCCCGCUGCACGUUGAGGAGCUCGGUCUCGUUGAGCAGCACUGCCAGCUCGCCCUCCUGCGUGUGGCACCGACGGGCCAGCUGACGGCGGAGGGUGAUGCUCUUGUCGAUCUGCAUGCAUGGAACACACACCCAGACAGGAACGCACCGUUCACAUCGCUAUCAUGUGCCGUCCAUUGCGAUGGGUUCUCACCAGGUGCGUGAGGUUGUCAGCGGCCGCCUUGAGGUCCGCUUCCGCCCGUCUCAUCUCCUCCUUCUUGUGCUCCAGCUGCCCCUCAAUCGCCCGCUGGUGGCUCUCCAGCCUUGCAGCCUCCUCACCCACCUUGGCCACCUCCGCAUCCGCCCGCCGACACUCGGCCUGUAGCGUCGCCGCCCGAUCGGCCAGCCGAUUGGCGUCUGACACCAUGGCCAGCUGUGCCUCGAUGGUCUGCACCUCCUUCUGGCCCCGCUGCAGCUCAGCCGAGAUCCGCUUGAUCUUCUCGGCCAGCUGACGCACCCGAUGCGACGAGUCGUCGCUCGUCAGGGCGUCUCGGCGGGCGAGAAGAUGCUCCUCUUUGGUCUGCAGGAGGACGCUGAAGCGCUCGGCGGCCUCGGAGUGGGCUGAGGGGGAGGGGGCCGCCGUGGGGUCAACAGAGAUAAAGUCCUGCACGCUCUCGUCGGCAACGGCAACGGGCAGCUGCCGGGCAUACCACGCCAGGCGGUAGGCCACCUUGUCCGAGUCCGUGGCCGCGUCACUGUCAGGCGCGGUUUCUUGCUGCCCGUUACUGCCGUUGCUGCUGGAGGCGUGGGAUGGCACGUGGGUGGGUGAGGCCAGGCUGUCACGGUCGCCCGUGCCGCCGCUCCGUGAGCGUGAUGAGCGGCGGGUGCUGGGGGAGAAGGUGCCGCGCCACUCGUCGAAGUCGUGCCGCACUCGACGAAUGGCGCUGAGGACCGACUCGACGGUGGCUCUGUCGCUGUCCUUCUGGGCAAGAAUCUCCGACGCCUCCUCUUUGGCUGCACACACACACACACACACACACACAGAUACAGAUGGAUUCUCGCAUGUGUGAGGGCCAGUAGUACUGGCAUCUUUAAUGCGUGUGUUCUCACCGUUAGUGAGUUCAUGAAGUCUGGCCUCGAGUUGGUGAGUCUGCUGUUGCUGGUAUGCCAGCUGUGCCUGCAGCUGCGUCCGCCGCCUGGGUGCGUCCUGGAUGGACUGCUCGGCCUCCAUCCACUUCUCCCUGGCGGCCGUGGAGGUCCGCUUGACGAUCCGGAGGGUCUCGUUGGUCUGCCGCACUGCCUGGCACGCCUGCGUCAGCUGCUUGAGCAGCGAAUCGGCCUCCGCCUUGAGGCUGUCGAGGGAGGUGGCCUUGGCAAGGGCGUCGCUGUGGGCUUGAUUGACAUGAGCCGCGUCAUCUCUGGGAAAGGACAUCGACACAUCAUAUGAUGUGCGUUUCGACGGUUUCUGUCGGAUGUUGUCAAGUCACUCACCUCAGUCUCGCGAUCUCUGCGGCGAAGUCGUUAGCGUUGACGGUGAGGCUGCCCUUGGUCAGCACAUUGGCCUCCAGCAUGGUCCGCAGGCGCGUCAGCACCGCCCGGGUGUGCUGGCUGGCAUCCGCCAGCGACUCCCGACCCAUCUGGUAGGCCUCCAUGCCGUCCCUCAGGAGCUCCCGCACCUUGCCGCUGCCCAUCUCCAGGCUGUCCGUCCUCUCCUUCACCCAGCCCUCCCUCUCAGCCAAUUUCUCAUGCUCGCUUCGCAGCAAGUCCCGGUGGCCCUCCUGCUCCUUCUCGCAGUGGCUGAGCAGCACUCUGCUGAUGCCCAGCCGCUCCUCGAGAGUCGAUACCGGCAGCAGGAAUGAAGGCGGGCGGAUGGUGAGGUGGCUGCUCAUCUCGUCAGAAUAGUCCGAUGACGACGCGGCCGACCGUGCAAGCGCGUCGGCACGCAGGGCUGGAAGGCGGGGAGCGCGGGGCACCUGGGGGGAGCGGAAGAGAUGUGAUGGGUCUUCCAAAGGACGCAAUGAGGUAGAAGCAGCCGACUGGUGCCUCAUGAGAGGGGGGAGGGGGCUGGACGGCUCGCCAGAUGCGGACCAUGGGAGGUAGAGAAGCAGCGUGGCCACCAGUGCCGCCACCAUCCGCCGUGUCUUGGGAGGCAGGGCGCUCUCCCCCUCCCCCUCUCCCUCUCCGUGCUCCCCCUCUGUCUGCGUGCUCUUGAGCAGCUGCUCCAGCGGCUGAAUGAGCCCCUGACUCGACAAGAGAGCCGCCGCCUCGCCAUUGAGAGUCGAUCGCUGUGUGAGAGAGCCCCUGGCCGGCUUGCAAGGGUGCGUGACCAACACGGUCAGCAGCCAGCACACGAAGAGGGUGAUGGCCGGCACUGAUGGGGGGUCCUUGAGGAGGGAGGCGAUGCGCGCGAGUCCUCUGGGGGAGCAGAUCUCGCGGACAGUGUUGUAGUUGAGACCUGGGUGGUUGUGGAGGGUCUCGGGGAGCAGCUCGAGGGACAUGGCGGCGCUGUUGGCUGUGUCUUGUUGGAGGAAACGGUUCUGCUUCAGAAGCGUCGCCAACACCACCUGAAGAGACAGAAAUUGGACGUAUAAGGAACUUUGUGAGCGUGGCUUACCCCGCAGCACAGCCUGGCGUCGAUCUGUGGCGACUGGUACAGCGCCUCUGCAAACACACAUACACACACCCAACAAAUGCACUCAACUGGUCGGUAGGAGCCGAAGACCACAAGGUGCGUGAAUGCUCACACACCAAGUAUUUCCAUGCCGAUGCCGUCCUGUUCGGCCAAUGCUGCCUGCACCUCAGGCAGACCUAGCGCCAACCACAACACCUGACCUGAUGGAAGAAUCGAUACAUGAACGACACAACAACAGCAGCGGCAACAGCCGACAAUAGGCAGGCAGGCAGGACACACGUAGUUUGGGUUGUCAUGCCCGUCUGUCCGCUCACCGAGGGCGCCGUGGACGACAGCCGUUUUUGGGUCCCGUAAGACGCCGCGAAACUGGGCCAAGCCACCUGUCCUGAAGAAGACCAGAAGGCUGCCGGGACCUGCACACACAAGGCACACACACAUACGUGCGUGUCGUGUCCGUCGUGGCGAUACUGCAAUAGUUGCGGCGUGACGUACUUGAUUCGACUAGCGUCUUGAGGAAUGUGGUGGAAGCGACCACGAGUGGCUGCGGGGGCUGCUCGCCGUCCUUGCAGGCUGUCUCGAUCAUGGACGUCACGAGCGCUAUGGACCCGCCCUCAAUCAGAUACCGACGACCACCUGGAUGGACAUGCACGGACAAGAAUGAUUGAUAGAUACCAAAUGCAACGUGUCGGCGGAUUGCAAUCCUCAUACUAUGGUGCUUGCUUACCCUCCUUCCUCACUAGUGCGGUCAAGAUCUGGCAGACCAGCGUCUGCUCCUCAACAGAGCCGGUGCGGCCCUGGGGAAAGAAAGGACAGCACAGGUCAGCCGAUUCAUGUUGAUGGGGUUGCGUCUGCUCACCGCCUGCAGGAGGGCUUCGACUACUGGUGCGUGGCACAGGCGAUUGACGUGCACUGGGUUGACGGCGACACUUAGCCAAGGCAGACACACACGCACACACACGUGGGUCCGUGUACCCAUGGUUGCAUCUAAGAGGCGGCUGUACCGUUUGACAUCUAGGAGGCGGUCUACGAGUGGGACUCGCGUCUUGGAGCACUGCCAGACAGACAGACAGACAGACGGACGGACGGUCAGACCACACCCACACAGACGGGCGACAAGCGAUCUCUCCCCAUUAAUGUGGGCCAGCAUCUCGCUUGCGUACCACAAAUCGCGCCACGGCCAUUGUGAAGCUAUCGGCACCGAUGAACGCCCUGAUGCACCCACAGCGAACGACAGCACACGAAUGCAUUCACUGGAUCGAUGACGUCUGUCGUCCAUGUGUACCAGAACUUGUCGUUGUUCAAAACAUCCUCGACGCGCAACAGACGCUGCAAGGGGACAGAGAGAGGUAAGAGGCGCACAAAUGGCGUUGAUGUGACGUGUGACGAGGAUUUGUCCUGCCUGUCUGUCUGUCUGUCUUUACCUGCAGGUAUGUCUGUAGGAGUUUCUGACGUUUCUCGACGAAGUCGUGUUUCAUCUUCCCAAAGACCUUCUUGGGCGGCAGGUCGGGCAGCUGAGGGAUCCCGCUCUGACGCAACUGGCAGCAUCCAUACACACAGACAGACAUCCCCACAGACAUUCACACGGACGACAGUACACACCGCUCUCUCCUUCUCAAUGUGUGUCAUCUCCUUUGUCAUUUUCACCUUGUCAUGAAGCUUGACAAAGUUGCGAAAGCGCUUGUGUAGGUUGAAUCCCUUGCCGAACGCAUCGACCUCAAUGGUGUACUCCUGCAGUCACACACACGCGCACAAAACGAGCAGUGACCAUCACGGCGCCUGUUUUUUCUUAUCUUUUCUUCGUUCACCGUGUGUUUGGUGCCCAGGAGGCCCUUGACGUCCUCGUGUGUGAGAAUGCGGGCUGAGAGCGGGAGGUUGGGCCUUGGAGGCCUUCUCGGGAUGGGAGGCGGCGGCGGAAAGGGAGAUGUCAUGGCGCUCGGCAUCACACGCUGCUUUUUCCUCCCUUAUGCGGCGAUUCUCUCCGGAAAGCGAU